AUGCUCGUGCCCAAGCUUUGUAGUCUUGGAAAUUCAAGAUGGCAGAGAAUACAAAGGACUGACCGGAUUUUUCCGAUCAGUGAUGAACUGAUCAUGUUGUUGUCCUCCUUUCUUUAUGUCUUCUUUCCUCUCGUGUCAGCCUUUGCCACUGUAUGGUUUUUUACGAUCUUCGAGCGUGUAAAUGUUGAACUCGGACUGGAACAUUAUGCAGAGAAGGGAGAUCCUUCUACUUUCCUUAAAAUGCCUGCAAAUGCCUCGGUGAACUUGGGCUAUUUACUGGUUGGAUUAUACUGGUUGUGGAAGAUACGCAAGUUAGAAAAAGAGGUGAAAGAUCAAGCAUUCUUCUACUACUUGUUCUCGUGGAUGUCGGUGUUUUAUUCCUUUGUUCAGUUUGGACGGAUUGUGACACAGACGCGUUUGUUCGCUGUUAUUGAUCAAUGGUUUACUCUUCCUUUCUUUGCAUGGCUUGUUUGCUGGAACGAGUUUGUGUAUCGAGGACAAUGGAAUACUGGUCGUUUUCUAUUUAUUAUGCGAAUUUCUGUCUUAAGUUACUUUGCCGUGUUAUUUCACAAUCAAGGCUUUGAAGCAGUUCUUGCUCUUCAUAUCCUUGCAGCUCUUGUUUAUUCUCUGAGGACACAGUCGAAACCUUGUUUAGGGACUGAAAAAUCACGAAUUUCAAUGAUUCUAGCUCUCAUCUGCUGUACUGGGUUUGUCUGUUUAAAACUUGCGGAUCAUCAACUGGUGCAAUACUCUUUAUUCCAAGGCUACACUGGCCAUUUUUGGUCAAAGGUCUGUGAUGUUGGACAAAUCCACUUUGUGGCCGACUUUUUUAAAAAUUUACACAUGCGACCAAAGAAUGAUAAAACCUAGUCUCUUCACUUCCAAAAGGGGUAUGUCAAGGAAUUCUUCAAAUGAGCCUGGUAGCAAACCUUGAUAGUAAGAUUUUUCCCUUUGCCCAAAUUAGAAACUUCAGCUUGGUUGCUGGUCACAAAAAAAUUCAGCUCAGUCAAAUAAAAUUUCCAGGUCACAUUUUUUUUAUUAAUAUAUAUAUAUUUUUUCAAUAUAUAUAUAUUUUUGAUAGUU